AUGGACGUGCAGGACGUCGUGACACCAGAGGCGGCGCAGCACACACCGCGCAGCGCCACCGAGGGCUCGCGCUCCGGUGCGACACCCCGCGACACCGACACCCCACCCGACCCUUCGGAGGUGGCCGCAGGGGAGAGUCCGCAGGCACCCCACCUCGCCCAUCAAGUCCCGCACGCACCGUCCGCUGCCCGCCACACCGCCGACGCGGAACGCACGAGCCCGUCCCCACAAAGCGUGGUACACGAUGUAGCAGACGACCAGGCAGACGACCCGGUCAGCAAAGAAAAAAUUUUCGAAGAGCAGCUAGAGAACCUGCUUGCCGCUGAGGAUCGCCACCGCUUUCAGUUGGAGUGCCACGCUGAAGACGAGAUGGAGGAUAUCUGCGAUGUGAUGAUCUCGCAGGAAGACGAGCUGCUGCAGGAUGAAUUCAACCGCCUUGACGCAGAGGAGGAAGCGGAGGAGCGGAACUACUACCGCGCCCAGCGAGCUCGGGAGGCGGCCGAGCGGGGCUUCCUGACCGGUGAGGACGAGAGCGAUGCGCGGUCGGACCCCUUCCACGAGGACGAGGAGGACGCGGAUGCCCGACUCCACGCGCAUCGCCAGCCCCACCACCACCACCACCACCUCCCCGCCAAAGGCCUCGCCGUCGCGGCGGAACCGGCCGAGGAGUUCGACAGUUUUCACGAGGCCCCUGCGACGGAGCAGGCGGCGCGGAUUGAGCGGAUGGCGGAGCCGGGGGACGGGCAGCCCGGCAGCGGGGCGGCGUCGCCGCUCGCGGAGACGUUGAGCCACGCCGACCUCCCCAGCACCGCCGCCGCAGCGGGUGACGCACACGGAGCGGACCCGACGCCGGCGCACCCGCCCUGUGGUGGUGAGGAGGAGGAAGACGAGGCGGAGGAGGAGGCACCGCUACGGGCGCAGCUGGGCGAUCGCGCCGACCGCUACAAGUCCGGCCGCGGCGCCCAGGCGCCGACCUACGACGCCACCCACAAGCAGGACGCGGUGGCCUCCGGCAACGACGACGGAGAGGAGAGAGAGGAGGAGCAGCCGUUGGCGCCGACGGUCACGCAGGGGCCGCGACGGGCGGCGGGCCGGCCCCAUCACGACAAUGCGGCGGCUGAGGCCAGCGAGUCCGGCGUGCGCAACGCCAGUGAGGAGGAGGACGAGGUGCCGAUGGAUGCGGCAGCGCUGGCCGCCGCACGGCAGGCGAAGGCGGCUCGCGAGGCUCGACUGCAGCGUCAGGCAGCGCACACCCGCGCUGCUGCCCCGGCCGCCGCGUACGACGCAGAACACGAGAAGGCGCAGGACGAGGAAGAAGAAGAGGAGGAGCAGGAGGAGGCUCUGAAGCCGUCCGCGCUGUUCGGCCCUUCGCGCUCGGCCGGCCGCGUGCGCUACGACGUCAAUCCGGAAGGUACUGAAGCCGGGGACGAAGAGGAAGACGAAGACGAGGAGCAGCCGCUCCAUCCUCUCAUACAGGAGGGACCGCGACGGGCGGCGGGUCGUCCCCGCUACGACGGCACGCCGAUGGCCGGCGAGGGCCGUCCGUCGGACGAAGAAGCAGAAACAGAAGAGGAAGCGCUGUCGCCGAGCGCCACGGACGGUCCGAGGAGCGCAGCAGGUCGUCCGCGUGGUCUUGAUGCACCAGAGGCGGGUGACGAACAGCGCGCGGACGAAGAGGAGGAGGAAGUCGAGAAGACGUUAGAGCCGACGACGACGUCGGGGCCUAAACGCGCGAGUGGUCGGCCCAGACGCGACGGCGCACCUGCGGGUGACGAAGUGGGAGGAGAAGACGAAGACGAAGCCGCCGCCGACGCCGCCAACGCGGGCCGGGGCCUCCCAUCACAGCGCACUACCUAUCAUCGGCCUGCGCCAACACUCCCCGUCAUGGUCGAUCAGGAAAGGAUCCUCUCCGACGAGGAAGACGGCGAGGACGCGCUGUGGCCGGAAGCCAUCUUCGGCCCCACCCGUGCGGCGGGACGACCCGACCACGGCGACGCCGACGAAGCGGACGGAUACAGGGCUGGAGCACCAUCCGACGGCGAGAAUGAAGAGGCGCAGCAGCCACUGCGUCCACUUGUGGAAGAGGGGCCGCGACGGGCGGCGGGUCGGCCCCGCUACGACGGCACGCCGAUGGCGGGCGAGGGUCGUCCGUCGGACGAAGAAACCGAAGAGAAGGAAGAAGCGCUGGCGCCGAGCGCCACAGAUGGACCGAAGCGUGCGGCGGGACGUCCCCCUCGUGCAGGCGUGCGCGAGGAGGGCGACGCUGCCGGGUCUAACGAGGAAGGCGAAGAGGCGGCGUUUACGUCGGGUCCAAGGCGCGCGGCCGGCCUCCCGCCCCGCUCCACGAAAGCCUUCGCACGAGACACACCGCCGACCACCACCAUCACCGCGGCGACGGCGGGAAGUCGUCCGUUGGCGCGAGCCCAGAGCGACUACGUGCGAGGCAAUACAAAGCGUCACAUCUCCCCCCACGAACGGCCGGAGAUGGCCGCCAGCGCAGAGUCCGUGCGCCACCCUCUCGACGACGCCACCCGCAACAACGAGGACGAGGUGCACCUGGAUGAAGCGACACUCGCAGCGGCACGGCAGUCGAAGGCGGCGCGCGACAGCCGAUUGAAGCGCGAGCAGGCGCGGCUGGAGAAGGAGCGGGCACGUGCGGCACCGCCGCUGAUUCCAGAUUCGACGGAGUCCGGAGACGAGGAGGACGACGAGGAGGACGAGACCGCACUGAAGCCGACAGCCAUUUUCGGCCCCACCCGUGCGGCGGGGCGGCCGGAUAACGUUGACUCCCUCGACGCGGGCGAAUACCGCAUGACCAGCACUUCCGAUGAGGAAGAAGACGAAGACGAGGAGCAGCCGCUGAUCCCGCUUGCGGGAGAGGGGCCGCGACGGGCGGCGGGUCGGCCCCGCUACGACGGCACGCCGAUGGCGGGCGAGGGCCGUCCGUCGGACGAAGAGGAAGAAGAGGAAGAGAAGCCCCUCCGUCCGCUUGCUGAGACUGGACCGCGACGGGCGGCAGGCAGGCCCGAGCGCGACGGUGCACCAGAGGCCGUGGCCAGAGGACCUGGCAGGCGUCCCCGGGCUCCCAGCACGGCACGCGACAGCGACGACGACGAGCCGCUGGUGCCAAUACUCGGCAACCGCAACGCCAACCUCUACCACAGCGGACACACCAAGCCGAAGGACUACGAGGCCGAGGAGUUGCGAGACGGCGCCCCAGAUUCAGACGAGAGCGACACCAGCGAUCCGCUGAGGCCGCGAUUGGCCAGUGGUCCCAAGCGUGCUCGCGGCCUCGCGCCCCGCGGCAGCGAUCCAAUGGCUGGCGAGGAGCGGCCGUACUCCGCAGACGACGACGACGGCGACGCGUUGUUUCCAUCGCUCAUGCAGCACCCUCGUGGUCGCAACGCGCAGCCGCGUCGCCGCUCUGGUCCGAUGGUGGGCGCGGAGCAGCCCGUCGACGACACGCAAACCAGCAGCACCGACUCGGACGUACCGCUCGAGGUGGGCUUCAUCCACGGCGGCGCCCGCCACGCCACGGGCGUCCCCACCUACGAUGCGGCCCCGGUGGCAGAGGAUGCUGGAUCGCGUGGGACGUCCUCCAGCAGCGACAGCAGCGACGAAUCGGCGCUGGAGGUGCGUCUCACAUGGGAUGGCCCCUUCCGCACCACCGCUCACCGCCCGGGGGAGGCGCUGCAAGCGAGUGAGGCGGGCACCAGCGUCGCGGCGGACUCCGAUGAAGGUGAGGAGCCCCUCGAGCAACUCGCCCAGGGACAGCGUCGGCGCCGUGCGGCUGGCCCCCUGCCUCGUACCCGCGGCCCCACCGCCGAGGACGGCGCCGACGCCGCCUCCUCGGAAGAGGACGAGGACGAGGGCCCAUUGGAUCAGCGCACCACGGCCCCCCGCAAGAAUCGCAGGGGCGGCCACCGACGCGAGGACCUGCCAGAGGCGGAACAGGCGGAGAGUCCGCACUCGAGCGAUGAGGAGGAGGAGCAGUUGACGCCGGCAAUGCAGCCGCCGAAGAAGCAUCGUGCGGCCCAGUCGCUUCCGCAGGACGGUCCGGAGGCACGGGAGGAACAAUCAGCCGCCCCGACGACGCCGUCAUCCGAAGACUCGCUAGCGCUUGACCCCACCUACGACCGCACCCAACCAAAGCGAGGUACGUUGGAGCAGCGGACACCGUCAUUUUCCAUUGAGAUGGAGAAUCCAGCGUCCAGCACGCCGCACCAACAGUCACUGCGUCCUCAUCCAAUCGAACAGGCACCUGCAGACCAGCAGAAGCGCCGCAGUAUCACGCUGGGGGAGGUCGCAGAAGACGCGCUAAGCGUCGUAGCGAGAAAAGCCGCCCCAAAGAGCGUCUCCAUUCAGCAGACAGCUAGAAAAUCCAGCCUCAUCACCCCGUCCGCAGAGAACAACAUGCCAGCUGCGGAGGUCGAACAGCAAAGAGAUGUCCUC